AUGGCACAGUGGUUCCAACGCAAUGCCUCUCCAGCCGUACAGCUCGGCAUCGCUGCGACUUGUGGGGCAAUUGCUGCCUCCACACUAUUAUAUACAGCUCAUGCGAUCCACCAGCGGCAGGUGACGGAAGAGCUCAAAGCCUCCAUACCCGAACUCUCUCUCGAUCACCACGCCACGCAACUGACAGAAUACGGAGGCGCCAGUCGCGGGAGCAUCUCGGAUAAACAAGACGAGCGGUCCGCAAAAAUGGCCGCGCGUGCAAGGAAAGGAGAUUAUGACGAGGAACUUAUCCUCGAACAACUGGCUCGAAACCGAGUGUUUCUCAAAGAUGAAGGUCUAGCAAAGCUACGGAAAUCGUUCAUCGUGGUUGUCGGCCUGGGCGGCGUUGGGAGCCACUGCGUUGCAGCGUUGGCGAGGAGCGGUGUCUCACGAAUACGGAUCAUCGAUUUCGAUCAGGUCACUCUGAGCAGUCUGAAUCGUCAUGCCCUGGCCACACUGGCCGACGUCGGCACGCCCAAGGUGCACUGUGUGCGGAAACGGCUGGAGCAGAUCACCCCGUGGACGAGGAUUGAUACUCGGAAUGAGCUUUUGAGCUCGCAGUCCAUGGAAGCACUCUUGGGGGAGUGGGAUUACGAGCUGCGAGACGACGACGAAGAUAAUGGCCGAGAUCCGGACUGGGUUGUGGACGCGAUCGAUAAUAUAGACUCGAAAGUCGCGCUGCUCCAGUAUUGCACGAUCAAGGGAAUCAAAGUGAUCAGUGCCAUGGGUGCCGGCUGUAAGAGUGACCCUACUAGAAUACAGGUUGGGGACAUCUCGACCAGCACGGACGACCCGUUGUCGAAAUCUACGAGGCGCAGGCUGAGAGCAAUGGGCAUCAAGGACGGAAUACCGGUCGUCUUCUCGACAGAGAAGCCGGGCGAAGGUAAGGCUGAGCUCCUCCCGAUCACAGACGAGGAAUUCGAGAAGGGCAAUGUCGAUAAGCUUGGCGUGCUGCCCGAAUUCAGAGUCAGGAUUCUUCCCGUCCUCGGAACGAUGCCCGCCAUAUUCGGCUACACGAUCGCCAACCACAUCAUCUGCAGCAUCGCUGGGUACCCGAUGGACUACCGGAUAGGAGACAAGGGGCGAGACAAGAUGUAUGACGGCAUACUCUCUGGAUUGCAAGCGCUGGAAGAACGACUUGUCCGAUCAGCCAACGGACAAGACGCGGUAGGUCUCCGCCUCCCUCUCGGCCGCGACGACAUCUCCUACCUCGUCGAAGAGGUAUUCCGAGGCAAGAGCGUCGUCAGCGGCCUCUCAACGCGUCUGGCGUUGAUACGUUGGCGAAAGCCCGCUGCUGCAUUCAAAAUCGACGAUGAAUAUCUAAAAGAAGGCCAAAAGAUGAUCAAGCUGCCGCUGACGGAUCUGGUUUUGAUGACUAAAGAGGAGGCUCAGAAGCAUGAGAAGCUGGUCUUGAGAGGCAAUUCGACCCCUGAGGAUGUUUACGAGCCGGACGUCCUGGUUCUGGUCACAAAAAGACUUAAUGAAGAACGUUCUUAUGACCGAUACAGAUGA